AUGCUUGCCAAAGGGAGGAAGGUAGCUGGAAGGGGUGAAGAAAUGUCUGCACAUUAUGCAUUUGGACCACAGGAUGAUGAUGCAAUUAUUAAACACAGGCUUCUGACUAGGACGACGACCACCAGGGGUGAACCGCCACUAAAGAAGCUUCAGAAGAAGUUCAUGUCCUUUGCCACUGAGAUCGAGAAGGACACAGAUAACGUAAGUGACUGCGAAAGACUGUACAAGGCCUUUCUACAGGAAAUUAACACCUUUGAGCUACCUCUUCUGAAAAGCAAGGCUGUGGUUGAUGCAAACAUUAGGGAGAAGGAAAGCUUUAAUGAGCUGCAGGUUGAGAUUGAGCGACAGAUCUUGCAAGCUAAGAUUGAUAUUGAGGACCUUAAGAAGCAACUUGAGCAAAGCAAGAUCGGGAGGCAGCACAAAGAAGAGUGUGAAGCCAUCCGAAAGCUGAUCUGUUUGCAGCCUCCGCGGUCAGAAACUGAAAAACUCAUUGCAGAUCUUGAGAAUGAGAUAGCUGAUUUGGAGGCUGAGAAUGUAGCAUGCAUAAGGACUCUGGAACUGAGGAAGAAGCAGUUUGCCCUUCUUCUACAUGUGGUUGAGGAAUUGCAGAUCUCAAUUGAAGAUGAGCAAAAGAGUAUAGCAGAUGAGCUGAGAGCUAUCACCGUAGAGCAGAAGAUGAGCAUAGAAGAAGGGAGCAUCGGUGCUUCAGAUUCCAUGGUUGUUGACUGA